CCAUGGCUGAAGCUUGCUGUACAUGCGCCACACUCUUCCCCUCAACAUCUUCCGCGAACGAGAAGACUAGUAAUUCAACUCCGCUUGCUCGUCGGCUCGCCUGCUGCAGUCGUGCAGUCUGCAUCCAAUGUGUACACGAUAAUCCUCGGUUUGCGCAGUAUUGCGCCUUCUGCCAGGUCUCGAUGGUUCCGUCGCCGCUCCCUCAAGGUCUAAGAGACCCACCAAGCUACUCGCCACCUCGAAAUGACGAAGAAACGAACUCGGAAAUCCCGCUAGACGAAGAGCUUCCUCCGUACUCCGCACAUGCAUAUGUACAGGUUCCAAAUGAGAAGUCGAAGGUGGCGAGCGAGGAGGCGCCAGACGUCCUACACUUUGUGGAUCCCAACGACUCCAUCACAUCACUUUCAUUGCGAUAUGGAGUGCCAGCCCAUGCCCUGCGGAGUACCAAUAACCUUUACGCGGACCACCUACUCGCAGCGCGUAGGACGGUGCUGAUUCCGGGAGCCUACUACAAAGGCGGAGUGAGCUUGAGCCCGCGACCCGUCGAAGGCGAAGAGGAAGAGAUUAGGAAGGGCAAGGUGCGCAGAUUCAUGACUGGCUGCAAGGUUGCCGAGUACGACGUGGCGCUACUGUAUCUUCAGCAAGCCGACUACGACCUAGACAGUGCGCUCGCUGCAUACAGGGAAGACGAGAGAUGGGAGAAGGACCACCCAUUGGAGGCUGCGAAGAAGGGUAAGUCGAAGUCGGGCCCAUGGGGACUCCGCAAGUGGACUUUGGGCGGCACUGCGGGCGGCUUGACCGGCCAGCUUUCGUGAACAUCUACUCCGUAGUGUUGUCGGUAUUCGAGCGGGCCGUGGGCGCUUACUAUCAGUACGUUCAGGUAGACUGGGUUUUAGCCAU